AUGCGCUUCAUUGCGUCCAUGAACUCUCUCUCGAACUCCCCAACCCAGACCCCAUCCUUGGUCUCCGAAUGCUCUAGCAGUGUGUUACCAUUAAAGGUUGCAAAGUCACCCACUCUGUUUUAUGAAUGGACGUAUGGCGCGAGAGUUAUUGAUGGAGCGAUCCCUCCCAGAGGAGUUCUGGACCACUUCGACAAACUGUAUGCGAUGGCAGAAGUGCCCAACAUUCUGAUUCACGGUACUUUACCGGCACCGCAAUUAGACAACGAACAGGAAUUCCAGCGCGCCGUGCGCUCUUGGGCUGCGUCGUUUCGCGCUGUGGAAAGAGACGAGUAUGAUAUCCUACCUGCGCUUCCCAUUCUCUCCCUCGCUUGGAGGCGCAUUCGCAACACAAGUUCAGACAACCAUUCCACAGAACAUGCUCAGCGUCGUGGUGUUGACAACAUCAUCGAAUUAGCUUUCAGUGCGAGGCUUCAAGCUUGUCGUUGUGACUUCGAUCUUGCCAUCAGAGCUGAAGAAAGCUAUCGCCUCAAGGGGUUGGCUGGCAAUCCAGAUGCAGAGUCCGACGUCUUGGUCACGAUCCCUUCAGCGACAAUCGGCGAUGGAAUAAGAUUUCAGCGGUUCUCUCAACGUGACCCAACGCUUUCAGAACACCUGUAUUGGUCCUCUGCUGGGUCGACAGGUGGCUUCUCAAUCAUUGGGUUUGUUGGAGAGUUCAGGAAGGACGAUUACGACUGCAACAAGAACCGGCUAAUCAUGAUGCUUGUCACUGCACAGUCUCAGCGGAAAGCUCUCUCACUCAAGGACUCUAUCAUUAUGGGGGCUAUUACCUCUCGUGGCCAUGUGGAGAUUUUCUCUUCGUAUUGGAUGCAUGACCCCUCGGCGAUCUGCAUAUAUGCACACAAGCAAGACUUUAGAUUGUCUGACCCUGCUCAACUGCUGCAUUUUUAUGUGUUUUGCGCAAAACUUGAGAGGGAUAUUCAUGGUACCCUGGCCGCGGAGCUCGAGACAUGGGAAUUCCCAAGUGAAGCAGAACUCGAGAGCAACAAGUGGCGCAGUCCUGAUCGUAUUAUAAAACGACAGCGGUCGGAGACUGAGGAAAGUGGUCAUGUGAACAAAAGAGGUAGAGGAGGCAGCGAUAUUGGUCCUGUGGAAGCCGAUGGGUUUGAGGAUGACCAGUACACGGAUAUUUUGAGAUGGCGCGAUGAGGUGUACAAUUGCCUCUCAAAUGAUAACGAUCCAUCUGGCCCUCUUGCGAUCUUUUGCCGUUCCGCGUUUCGCCAAACUCCGGCCUUGGUACUUUGUGGAACUGCACUCCUUCGACCCGUUCGUGUUCAAGCUCUCGAGUCUGAAUCAUGA